AUUAAACAUGGCUGAUUCGGAAAACACAAACAAACAAGUCGAUAAGCAAAAUAUGUCUUUUAAUAUUAGAGAGAAGCUAGAUAUUGUCGAAAAUAAGCUAAAAUUACGUCAUCAAGACACUUCGGAAAGUGGAAAGGGCACUGUCGAAAAACGCACAACCUCGGAGUACUGUGAAAAGUUGCAGGGGUGGAUGUGGCAGUACUACACUGCAAAUGUGAACUGGCAAAGUUGGCUGGCAGUGUCUGCUCCUCCGUAUUUUGCACCGCAACCAUUCACUGCACCCGUCUGGCCAGCGGAUUUCCCUAAUUUUGAUGCCCAGAACUGGUAUAAUAAUCCAUUCGGACUCCCCUUAACGCCGUAUCCACCCGCCAUCCCCGCGGCUGGAAUUCCGCCUGGGGAAACGGCUGGGAAUGGUGCUGUGUCCACUUCAGUACCAGCGCAACAACAACCACAACAGAACGGCAAUGCACAACGACCAGGUCGAGAAUACAGUAUUCCCUCUCCUCUUCAAAGGUUCAUGGCUGAAAUUGUGGAUUUCUUCAUUCUGUUCUUCAUCAAAGCAACCAUUAUUCUCAGCAUCAUGCAUCUGAGUGGGAUGAAGGACAUUUCCAAGUUUGCCAUGCAUUUCAUUGUGGAGGAAAUAGAUGAAGACACGUCCAUGGAGGAACUCCAGAAGGUGAUGCUGGUCGCCCUGGUCUACCGGAUAUUAGUUUGUUUCUAUGAGAUUGUGUGCAUUUGGGGAGCAGGGGGCGCCACUCCAGGGAAGUUUCUCAUUGGUCUCAGAGUGGUCAGCUGUGAUUCCUCUGUCCUGGUUCAACCCAACCGGGUCCUUGUGGUGCCUGCCACUAACGUUAGUCUCUCUGCGUCAACAGUCCGAGCCUUGAACAAAAACUUCUCCAUUGCCUUCUUAUUCCCGGCCUUCAUCACGGUCUUCUUCUUCCAGCACAACAGGACUGUGUAUGACAUGGUGGCUGGCACUAUCGUUGUCAAGCGCACCGGAGCCAGAUGACCAUUCUGAUUGGUUAAGGCCUGGCUGGGACUGGCUACGAUUUUAUUUGAAGAGGUACAUGUUGCUAUCGACCCUCCAGUACAGAGGUGGCUGGUGAGGGGGAGGACGUCUCAUAAUAAUGGCUGGAAUUGAUUGAAUGGGAUGGUAUCACAUGGAAACCAUAAAUUCCGUUCCAUCCAUUACUAUGAGUCCGUACCACAGCACCAGUACUAGAGACAACAGAACUGGGAACCACUCUGCAAUAACGAUGA